AUGUCUGUCGACUCGCCCGCAAAUGCCAACGACAAACCAAACGAUAUUGGACCAGAUGGCGAAAAGAUUAAAGAUAUGACUUAUUACGAACUUCUAGGCGUCAGAGGCGAUGCGACCGACAUAGAUCUCAAGAAAGCUUACCGGAAAGCUGCUAUUCGAUGGCACCCAGACAAGAACCCUGGAGACGAAGAGGCUCAGAAGAAAUUUGUCUCGAUCGGUGAAGCUUAUCAAAUCCUUUCGGACCCUCAGGAAAGAGCUUUCUACAACAAGAACGGCAAGCGUGAGCAUGGUCAAGCAGGUCAAAUGCCCAUGGAGGAUCCAGGAAAAUUGUUCGAGACUAUGUUUGGUGGUGAAAAGUUCCGGGAUUGGAUCGGUGAAAUAUCCUUAGGUAAAGAUAUAGGCAAGGCAUUUGAAACCCAUACUACUGAAGAAGAGCGAGAAACAAUGAAAGCCGAAUGGGCUGCUAAGCAACAAGCCAAUGGCUCGGCUAAUCAGCAACAGACAAUCAAACAUGAUUUGGACACAUCGGUCGCACCUUCUAGUCCUAAAAACACUACACCGGACCUGCGACGUAGCCCAUCUCUAGCACCGGGGUCAGGCAUUCAACCCAGUCCAGCUAACGCCACCACUUCUACUACCCUCGCGUCAUCCUCAAGUCAACCGCCCGGAUCUGCCGCCCCUUCAACUUCGAAUGCGACUCCGGCAGCGAAGCCCUCGCUAAAACAAACUCCUGAACAACGAGCUGAAGCUGAGAAAUACGAAAAACAGCGAAAAGAAGAUACGGUCAAUCGAGUAAACGACUUGACCAAAAAAUUGUUGGAAAGGAUCCGGCCGCUAGUCGAAGCUGCCAAACCAGGAGAACCAGGUGACCCGGAGACUGAGCGGUUCAGGAAUGGAAUCAAAAUGGAAGCCGAAGAUUUGAAAUUGGAAAGCUUUGGUGUUGAAUUAUUGCGGUUGAUUGGUACCGUCUACUAUACCAAGGCUUCGACGUAUAUCAAACUCCAUCGAUCGAAAUCUCCCUUCACCAACUUUCUUGGGCUCCCUGGGUUCUAUGAGAACACGAAGCAAAAGGGAAAGAUGAUCAAAGAGGCAUGGGGAAUGUUGAGCUCAACGUUAGAUGUGCAAACGGCGAUGAUGGACCUCGAAAAGCGACAAGAAAAGGGUGAACUGCCUGAGGAAGAGAUGGAGAAAUUGAACAAGGACCUGGUUGGAAAGCUACUGUUGAUUUCUUGGAAGGGAACACGCUUCGAAUCGGGUGCGAUACUUCGUCAAGUUGCUGACAAUGUCCUGUCAAAGGACUCUCCGAAUGUUACCGAUGAGACGAUCAUGAAUCGGGCGAGGGCACUGGUACUGAUUGGAGAGAUUUUCAAGGGUGUCGAACCUGACGAAACAGAUGAAGAACGCAGGGAACUCGAGCGCCUGGUCGCCGAGGCAGCAGCCAAGAAGAAGGACAAGAAAGUCAAAAAAUGA